AUGAGCGGUCUUACAACCCUAAUCAUUGAAGGAAACAACUUGACAGGGUGUAUUCCUCCUGAGAUUGGUAAUGAGCUCUCUGGAUUAAUUCCAGAAUGCUUAGGAGAUCUUAGCAUGCUACAAUAUCUUUAUUUGGGUUCUAAUAAAUUUUCAUCAAAAUUUCCAUCAAACCUUUGGAAAAUGAGUGGUCUUCUCUUUCUAAACGUGUCACAAAAUUCUUUAGAGGGAGAAGUUCCAUCAGAUAUUGGAGAACUUAAAGUCAUUAUAGCGCUAGAUCUUUCCAGUAAUCACUUUUCAGGAAUGUUACCAAGCAGAUUGGGAGAACUCCUAAACCUGCAGUCUCUUGACCUAUCAAACAAUUCAUUUUUUGGACAAAUUCCAUUAUCCCUUGCCAACUUGAUAAGCUUGGAAUUCUUGAAUUUGUCUUUAAAUGCAUUGUCAGAAGGUGUAAUACCGAGUGGUGGUGUGUUUGCAAAUUCCACUCUGCAAUCAUUUCUUGGGAACAAAGGUCUAUGUGGAGUCCACAUAUUGGAGAUUCCUGCUUGUGCUAUCACUUAUCCUGGAAAACAAUCAAAGCUUAAGGAGGUUGUGCUAAAAAUUGUUACUCCAGUGAAGAAAGGAAAGUCCAAAGAUGUUGAAAAGGUACAGGAGAUCAAGACUCAUCAAUUAGUUUCUUAUCACGAGAUUCAACUAGCAACAAAUAAUUUUGAUGAAUCAAAUUUAAUUGGUGUGGGAGGUUCUUGUUCUGUGUACAAAGGCACAUUAUCUGGUGGAACUUUGGUGGCCAUUAAGGUUCUGGAUUUGCAAAGUGAGGAAGUAUGCAAAAGGUUUGACACCGAAUGCAAAGUGAUGAGAAAUGUUAGACAUAGAAAUCUUGUUCCGGUUAUUACUACUUGUUCUAGUGACUACAUAAGAGCCUUCGUUCUGCAAUCUAUGUCAAAUGGGAGUCUUGAGAAUUGGUUCUACAGAGAAGAGUCCAACUUAAACCUUCUUCAAAGAGUCGCCAUAAUGCUUGAUGUGGCUGUGGCAAUUGAAUAUCUACACCAUGGGCAUAACACUCCAAUAGUUCAUUGCGGCCUAAAGCCAGCCAACGUUCUUUUGGAUGAAGAUAUGGUAGCUUAUGUUGGUGAUUUUGGAAUCUCUAAAAUUUUAGCGAUAAGCAAGUCCAUGGCUUAUACAGAGACAUUGGGCACUCUUGGAUACAUUGCACCAGGCAUGCUUCCUGCAACGCUCAAAUAUGCUGUCGUAGAUCAAAUUAAAUUGAACUCCAGCUCUUUCACGAUUCACAAUGAAAAGAAUGUGAUCACAUUAGACAAUCUUAUAGUACCUGAUUCCAGAGAAGAAAAAGAGGAAAUGUUAGUUUUAAAGCUUCUCUGA